GCUAAUGAUCCGCGUGUGUGGAGCGACUCUCAUCAAUCAACUGCGAAGAAGACGCAGCCCCUGACGCUCGGACGCAAUGAGUAAUAAACCUCCCGUGUACUCGUUUCAGGACUAUAAGUGCGCGCCUGACCCGAUAUUUACAGUGGAACCGGAAUGUGUCGGGUCGCCCAUAGUUGUGGAUAACGGCUCGUACCAGUGCCGCGCGGGCUGGGCGUCCGGCGUGUCGCCGCUGCUCGUGUUCAGAUCGGUGGCGGCGCGCAGCAGAGGAGCCGCGCGUAACGAAUCACAGGUCGGUAAUGACAUCUCGAACCUGGAGCCGCUGCGCUGGACGCUGAAGAGCGCGUUUGACCGUAAUGCGGUGGUCAACUGUGACAUACAAGAGCUUGUGUUUGAUUACAUCUUCACGCACCUCGGCAUAAACACACAGGGUCUUGUUGAUCAUCCUGUGGUUGUUACUGAGCCCCCCUGUAAUCCUCUGCACUGUAGACAGAUGAUGUCUGAGCUUCUCUUUGAGUGUUAUGGAGUCCCACAGGUGUCGUACGGUGUGGACAGUCUCUUCAGCUUCUACAAUAACUGUGUCACUCAUGGAGUGGAUUCAUCACACACAGGUCUGGUGCUGUCCUCAGGAUAUCACUGUUCCCAUGUGCUGCCCGUCAUCAAUGGCAGGCUGGAUGCAGGGAACUGUAAGCGUGUGAAUGUGGGUGGAGGUGAGUCGGUGGCGUAUCUUCAGAGACUGUUGCAGUUAAAAUAUCCUGCUCAUCAGAACGCCAUCACGCUGAGCCGUAUGGAGGAACUGCUUCAUCAUCACAGCUACGUCUCACUCGACUACCAGAGCGAGCUGGAGAAGUGGCGAAGUGCUGAGUUUUAUGAGCAAGAAGUUCACCGUGUUCAGCUGCCGUUCUCUGGCCGAGUGUUGAGUAACAGCACUGAGGAGAGGAAUGAGAGGAAAGCACAACAACUCAGACGACUGCAGGAAAUUAACAAUCGACGGAGAGAAGAGAAGCUACAGGAAGAUCAGAAACGUCUGCAGACACUGCUGUCUGUGCAGGAACUGCUGGAGGAGGGAUCUCUUGAGCUUUUUCACAGAAGUUUGAUGGAACUCAACAUGGAUUCUGCUGAAGAGCUUCAGUCUUACAUUCAUAAACUCAGUCUGAGCAUUGAGCAGCACAGGAUUGUGAAGUCUGAGAUUUCAGAGGUGGACUCACUUGUGGAUGAAGGAAACGUCCUGGAUUCAGAUUUAAAUGAGGACAGCAGUGAGUCUGUGAAAACCUCCAGUGCCUUGCAGGCGUCGUUUAACAUGGCAGAGUAUCAUCAGCUGUUUGUGGGCACGGAGCGCGUGCGAGCGCCGGAGGUCUUAUUCCAGCCGUCUCUGAUCGGUGAAGAGCAGAUGGGUUUGAUUGAGACGCUGCAGUUUGUUCUGGAUCAGUAUCCUCCUGACCUGCAGGAGGCGCUGGUGAAGAAUGUGUUUUUAACUGGAGGUAACCUGCAGUACAGUGGAGUCAGAGAGAGAGUACAGAGAGAGCUGCUGGCCAUCAGACCCUUUCAGUCUCACUUUAAGGUGUCUGUGGCGGCUCGACCCGCUCUGGACUCGUGGUUUGGAGCUCGUGAGUGGGCUCUCAGGAACCCGACUGGAGGUCUGGGCUGGAUCAGCCGUCAGGAUUAUGAGGAGAAAGGAGGAGAAUAUUUGAGUGAACAUUGUGCUUCAAACAUCUUCAUACCCAUGGAGCUUAAAACCGCAUCAGCCCAAAAACAAACACUCAUGGGAAAAUGCACAGCAGGCACAAACCUUACAGAAACGACCAACAGUGACAUCACCACGCUUUAAUAUGUGUGUGUCUGAUAAUCUGGACCAAAAGUUGGAGUGAUUAAGAUGACUGAAGGACAUUUUUUUUUGUUCUUUUCAUACAGAUGAGAGGUGUUUUUAACACAACAUGUCAGUGAUGAAAUUCACAUCUGCAGACUGUUAUAGUUUACGCAUAUGUGUGUGUGUGUUUCAAAUGAAGAGGAUAUUUUUAUUACUGAUAUGUAAAUAUGAUCUCCUGACCCGUUUUUUUAUUGUAUUUGUUGAAUAGGCAUUGUUUAUUACAGAAGUGUAUAAAAUAUAGAUUGUGAUUUUUUUU